UCUAGUGGACGGGACACCUCUUCUACAACGACAACUAAUCAGUCACCUAGAUAGCUUGCUAACCAACAAAGCUUAAACAUUGGAGCUAUUUAGACGUUUUCGGUGUAUAUUAAUCACUGUGUUUUAACAGACGUCUGUCGUGUCUACUAGUUACCCAUCCCCCGCUUCAUAUUGUACGUAACUGGUUAAAUUAGCAUUAGGCUAGUCGCUUAUGCUAACUAUCUAAGUUGGCUAUCUUAUAAUAACAUUCCGGACCAUGAGCUCACUAAAAUACUCUCCCCAUUCAAAAGAAGAGGAUGUCUGCUGGACUGAGAAACAGGGUAUGUGGCUUAAUGUUGUCGUGAAAGAAGAGGAGGAAGAGAAGGAUGUCACAGUGAAAGGCGAUGAAGAAGCUUCCAGAGUGAAAGAUGAGGAAGAGGUUACUGUCACAAUGAAAGAGGAGGACGAGGAAGAAGAGUAUGAGACUGGAGAUCUGAUUGACACCAGAGAGAGACCAGACUCAGAGGAACCAGAGCCAGAGACGUCCGAACCAGCAAGACGACACCACUGUUCCUACUGUGGAAAGCGCUUUAACCAGUUAGGGGACCUAAAGAAACAUGAGAGGAUACAUACAGGAGAGAAGCCUCACAAAUGCUCCCAGUGUGGACAGUGUUUUACCUGGUUACAGAAUCUAAAACAACAUCAAAUAAUACACACAGGCGAGAAGCCUUACCAAUGCUCUCAGUGUGAAAAGGCUUUCACCCGGUUAGCACACCUGAAAGAACAUAAAAUAGUACACACAGGAGAAAAACCUUUCCACUGCUCUCAGUGUGAAAAGCGGUUUACCAAGGUAGGGAUCCUAAAACAGCAUGAAAGGACGCACACAGAAGAAAAGCCUUACCAUUGCUCCCAGUGUGGAAAGAGAUUUUCCUUAGCAAAGUACCUGAAAGAGCAUGAAAAAAUACAUACAGGAGAAAAACCUGGAGAGAAGCUUUUCCUCUGCUCCCUGUGCGGAAAGAGUUUUACCCAGUCAUCCCACCUGAAAUCCCACACAAGAACGCACACUGGGGAGAAGCCUUAUCAUUGCUCCGUUUGUGGAAAGAGUUUUUCUCAAUCAAGUUGUCUGAAAAAGCAUAAGAGAAUACACACUGGAGAGAAGCCUUACCACUGCUCCCUGUGCGGAAAGAGUUUUAACAGGUUAGAUUACCUGAAAUCACAUAACAGAACACACACAGUAGAGAAGCCUUUACACACGGUAGAGAAGCCUUUACACACGGUAGAGAAGCCUUUACACACGGUAGAGAAGCCUUUACACACGGUAGAGAAGCCUUUACACACGGUAGAGAAGCCUUUACACACGGUAGAGAAGCCUUUACACACAGGAGAGAAGCCUUUACACACAGGAGAGAAGUCAUCAUUGUAAAUAAGAUUUUUUUUUCUUAAUUAACUUGCCUGGUAAUUUUUUUUGCUUUUAAUGAAGAAACCUGUGUCUAGUGAUGUAGUUCAGUGAUGAUCAGAAUGAACCGUUUAUAAACUGUUUAUCCCAUUUGAUGAAAGUGAAAAAGAACAAACUACAAUCUCAAGACAUUUGAAUUUGGAAUAAAUUGGUUUGAUUGUAGACUACCAUUAUGUCAGUUUGAAUGUGUAUGUUCUCUGCGAUUUACAUGGUAAUUUUCGAA